AUGAAAACCUCAGUGCACCAACAGCUGCCACUCUGCCGUUCGGGUGCGGCUGGAUCACCUGCCGCCCUGGGUACUUUGCUCCAAGAUGAGGCUGUCGCGCUGCGCCUGAAGAAGGGAUCGGAAGAGGCGGGCUAUCUAGCAGCCAUCUUCCCCCUGCCCAACACGCCCACCGUCAUCGUGAUCAAGAAUGGUGACCUCAAGGAGUACAUCGUCGCCGGCACCAGCAAGGACGAGUUCGUCAGACGCGUCACAACCGCAUUCCGCGGCGCUCAGGGUCAACCACCAGCAGCAGCAGCUCAGCUCGCGGCACCUACUCCAGCACCAACCUCAGCUUCCAUACCGACCGCUCAGCCCGCCGACGACCUGUACGACGAGACCCCGUACAACCCUCCCCGCGCUGCCGCCGCAGCCGCCCCCGCCAUCACGGACCCUCAACCCGCCAGGCCCGGCACCUCCUCCCCCAGGGUGAGCGGGGUGUAG